AUGGAGAAUGCUUGUUUGAAUGAUGCGAGGAAACCUCAGGUUGGUAUGUUAUUCAAUUCAGAACAGGAAGCAUAUGAUUUUUACAACAGUUACGGACGGGCAAUGGGGUUUAGUAUUAGGAGACACACUGUGAAUAAAAGCAAGAAAGACAGAGAGACUAUUACGUCAAGGCGGUUUGUUUGUUCAAAAGCUGGGUCUCGGCAACCAGACAAGCGAGACAAGAAUGUUACUAACCCCCGAGCUGAGACAAGAACAAAUUGCAAAGCAGAGAUGGCCAUAUGUUUGGGUGGGGAUGGAAAAUAUAUGUGUCGUGAAUUUGUGGAGGAACAUAAUCAUGAUCUCCAUACUGAUUCAAAAGUUCAUAUGAUGCGUUCACAGAGGCAUAUGUCAGACAUACAUAUGUAUGAAAUUGAUUUGGCUGAUGACUCGGGCAUUAGACCUAGAUUCACAAUUGAGUUGAUGGGUAGGCAGGCUGGUGGGAUCGAGAACUUGAGUUGUACGACCCAAGAUGUUAGGAACUACCUCCGUACUAAAAGAAUGAGUUCCUUAUCAUAUGGUGAAGCAGGUAGUUUGUUGGAUUACUUUGUUACUCAAACUAGGAACAAUCCAUCUUUCACAUACUCAGUUCAGCUGGAUAGUGAAGAACAAAUAACUAAUAUAUUUUGGGCUGAUCCAAAGAUGAUCAUUGAUUAUGCACACUUUGGAGAUGUAGUCAGCUUCGACACUACAUUUCGCACCAAUAGACAGUGUAGGCCGCUUGGGGUGUUUGCUGGAUUUAAUCACCAUAGAGGAUGCACUGUAUUCGGGGCCACACUUUUAUAUGAUGAGACAGUGGAAUCUUUCAAGUGGUUAUUUGAGGUAUUUGCUGAGGCACAUGGUGGAAAGAAGCCAACUAUCUUCACGGACCAAGAUGCUGCUAUGACUAUAGCAUUAACAGACAUGUGGCCUCAGACGUGGCAUGGGUUGUGUACAUGGCACUUAAUGCAGAAUGGCAUUAAGCAUUUGGGUAAUAUGAUGAAAGAUGGCUCCGGGUUUCUUAAAGAUAUAAAGAAAUGCAUAUACCAAUAUGAUGAGGAAGAACAAUUCGAGAGAGCAUGGUCUAGAUUGCUUAGUCAAAAUGGAGUUAUGGAUAAUGCAUGGUUGAGACGCAUGUAUACACUUAGAAAUAAAUGGGCGAAGUGCUACAUGAAAAACACAUUCACAUUAGGUAUUCGAAGUACACAACUCAGUGAGAGUUUAAAUAGUGAUUUGAAGGAUUAUUUGAAGUCAACUUUGGAUGUUGUGCAAUUUUUUAAGCACUUUGAGAGAGUUCUUAAUCAGAAGCGUGGCAAUGAAUUAAAAGCUGAAUUUGAAUCAACAAACAAGUUGCCACGACUUGCAAAUUCAAUGUCAAUUGUUCAGAUUUGA